AUGGGCGAGGAUGGUGAAAAGUCCGAGAGGCCCGGCACGUCCCGAGAGAAGGCCUCGCUGGGCGUGGGCACGAGUGGCGACCAGAAGGGCUUCCUGUGCUGGAAGAAGGGGUGCGGCCAGCAGUUCGCGACGCCCGGGGCGCUGCAGGCCCACUUCGCCGAGGCCCACGCCAAACAGCGACACCUCGAGUCGAGCCACCCAGAGCUGAGCGACGGCGACGUGCGCCAGAUCUGCGGCAGCGUCGGCAUCGGCUUCCGGGUCGGCCGCCGGGAACCGUCGCCGGCCGAGGGAGGAGGCGACGACGCGGCGGGCGCGGCGGGCGCACGACGACCUGCUGGGCGACGCCACAAGCGGGCGCUGCCGUUCCGCAAGGGCACCAACUUCCUGAUGGACAAGUUCCUGGACCCGUCGCGGCCGUACAAGUGCACCGUGUGCAAGGAGUCGUUCACCCAGAAGAACAUCCUUCUCGUGCACUACAACUCGGUGUCGCACCUCAACCGCCUGAAGAAGACGCUGCAGGGCUCCGGCGGGCCGUCCGGCGGCGCCGCGCAGGGCGACGCCGUCGCGAGCGCCGGCGACAGCAAGCCCUACCGGUGCGCCACCUGCAACGUGGCCUACAGCCAGAGCUCCACGCUCGAGAUCCACAUGCGCUCCGUGCUGCACCAGACCAAGACGCGGGCGGCGCUGCAGGAGUCGGCCGCGGCGGCGUCGGGCGGCGGCGGCGGCGGCUGCGGCGGCAAAAGGGGACGGCGCCGGCGCUUCGGCGGGCGCCGUGCAGCAGGCCGCGAGCGACCACGCCAAGGCCCAGGCGGCCCCGGCGGCUCGGCGCACAAGCCGGAGGCGACGCCGGAGUACGCGGAGGGCGCCGAAGAAGGCGCACGCGGAGGCGCCGCCGACGCCGUCGUCAGGCCAGCAGGCUCAGGCCCAGGCGCAGGCCCAGGCGCAGGCUUUGGCACGCGCUCAAACGCAGGCCCUGGUGCAGCAGGCGCAGGCGCAGUUCCAGCAGGAGCUGCAGCAGCAACAGCAGCAGCCAGCCUUCCUUCAGCACCAGCUCUUCAACCCGGCACUGCUGCCCCCUUUCUCCAUGACGACGGAAGCCUUCAUGCAGCUGCAGCAGCAGCAGCCAUUCUUCUUUCCCUUCGGCCUCUCCGGCGCCGACCUUCAGCUGCACCAGGAGAUGGUCCUGCCCGGGUCGUCCGGCGCGUUCGCCAUGUCCAGCGCGGCCGCCUCCAUCCUGGGAGAGCUGAAGUCGCAGCAGCAGGGCAACAGCAGCAGCAACAACAGCAGCAGCAGCAGCAGCAACAGCAGCAGCAGCAACAGCAGCAGGCGCUUCAACUGCUGAGCGAGGAGAUCGAGAAUCGGAGCGCCGAGGAGGACGAGAAGAUGGAGGAGGCGCAGGACGAGGAUGUCGACGGCGAGUCCACGACGGCACCGGCGGCGGGCCCCGGCGAGGAGCCGGGCGACGCGCAGCACCAGCAGCCGGGCGGCUCCGAAGAACGCGUGCCGCCCCCCAGGAUUCCGGCGUACGCCCGGGGCAAUGCGGUGCGGGCGCUGCUGGAGAACUUCGGCUUCGAGCUGGUGAUCCAGUACAACGAGAACCGGCAGAGGUCGGCGCUGGCGGGAGGAGAGCGCCGCGGCGCCGACGCCUCGGGCAAGAUCGAGUGCAGGGACUGCGGAAAGCUCUUCUCCAACAUCCUGGUGCUCAAAAGCCACCAAGAGCACAUCCACCUCCAGAUCCUGCCCAUCGAGGAGCUCAGCCGCUACUCCAAGCAGUACCGCAAGACCUACGACAAGGUCUACCCGAUCAGGCCCGACUCGCCCGAGACGCAGGCGCUGCCGGCGCAGCAGCAGCAGCAGCAGCAGCAGCUCCAGCCGCCGCCGCCUCCGCCGCCUCCGCCGCCUCCUCCGACCUCGUCCGCCGCCCCGAAGCUGGCCACCCCUCCGGCACCCCGCAGCCCGCGCAGCCUUCGCCCCACCAGAUGGUGCUGUCCCAGCUGGCGCUGCCCCCUGGACCAGCUGCCCAUGCUGUCGCCGCUGAUGAUGCAGCCGAUGCAGCUGCAGUCGAUGGCGUCGCAGCUGUCCUCGCAGUUCAUGCCAUGGAGUCGAUCACCGCCGACUUUGUGCAGCUCUACCACCUCCACCACCAGCAGAAGAUGCAGCAGCAGCAGCAGCAGCAGGCAGUGGACUCGGCCCUGCUCCUGCAGCAGCAGCAGCAGCAGAGCAAGCCGGCCGCGCACCCGCAUCACGGAGGAGCAGCUGAACGUGCUCAAGGCCUACUUCGACAUCAACAACCUGCCGAGCGACGAGCAGAUCCAGGAGAUGGCCGAGAACACGGGCCUCUCGCACAAGGUCAUCAAGCACUGGUUCCGCAACACGCUGUUCAAGGAGCGCCAGCGCAACAAGGACUCGCCCUACAACUUCAACAACCCACCCACCACGAGCCUCGACGAUCUGCGGGUGGAGCCGCCGGCGGCACCGGCGGCGCCGGCAGUGCCGCCGUGCCGCCGCCCCCCAAGCCGGCGCCGGUCCCCCGAGCUCCCGACCCAGCAGCUGCAGCAGCAGCAGCAGCAGCAGCUACAGAUGGAGACGUUGUCGAGCCGGCGCUCGAGCCGAACGCGCUUCACCGACUACCAGCUCAAGAUCCUGCAGGACUUCUUCGACGCCAACGCCUACCCCAAGGACGACGAGCUGGAGCAGCUGUCCGGCCUCCUGAGCCUGCCGACGCGCGUCAUCGUCGUGUGGUUCCAGAACGCGCGGCAAAAGGCGCGCAAGAGCUACGAGAGCCAGAUCGAGGGCAGGGGACGGAAGAAGCGCGAGGUGCUGCUCAACGACCGCUACGUGCGCACCGGCAACAUGAACUACCAGUGCCGCAAGUGCAGCGUGGUGUUCCAGCGCAUCUUCGACCUCAUCACCCACCAGAAGAAGCACUGCUACCGCGACGAGGAGGACAGCUACACGCGCGAGGACAACCAGAUGGACGACUCGUCCGACGCCACGGACAUGGGCAACUCGUCCGGCUACACGCCGCCGCCGGCGCAGCCGCAGCGCGACGCGCCGGCCCCCUCGUCGUUCCAGACGCCCGACGGCGACUCCCGCGGAGCUCCGAGCCCCAAAACCGAACCCGCCGAGGAGAAGCCGAAGGAGGGCAUGGUGGAGAGGGAGCAGCGGGAGCAGCAGCUGCAGCAGCAGCGGGAGCAGCAGCUGCAGCAGCAGCUGCAGCAGCAGCUGCAGCAACAGCUUCAGCAGCAGCAGCAGCUGCAGCAGCAUCAUCAUCAGCUGCAAAGUCAGCAGGAAGAGCAGCCAAAACCAAAACCGCAUCAACCUCAGAGCAGCCAUCAUCAUCAUCAGCUGCUGUCGUCGUCGCAGCAGGGGCCGAUGCAGCCGGCGCCGUACAACAGCCUGGCGCUGCAGCUGCUACCCUACCAGUGCGAGCAGUGCAAGCUCUCGUUCCCCACCUUCGAGCAGUGGCAGGAGCACCAGCAGACGCACAUGCUCUCGGCGCAGAACCCCUUCGCUCACACCCCUCCGUCCUGGAGCGCCCCGCGGAGAAUGCCCUUCGUGAUGUUCGACCCGCGCUCCAGCUCGCUCGUGCCGGGCGCCGCGCUCUCGGGCGCGCUGCCGCACGUCCCGUCGCAGUCGGCGCCGUCGCCCGCGACGCCGGCGUCGUCCGCCGGCGCCGAGGAGAGGGCCGACGUCGCGGGCAAGGCGGACGGCGAGCGGCUCGACGAGCCUCACAAGGACAAGCGGCUGCGGACGACCAUCACGCCCGAGCAGCUGGAGGUGCUCUACGGCAAGUACAUGAUCGAUUCGAACCCCACGCGCAAGAUGCUGGACCACAUCUCCAGCGAGGUGGGCCUCAAGAAGCGCGUGGUGCAGGUGUGGUUCCAGAACACGCGCGCCCGCGAGCGCAAGGGCCAGUUCCGCUCGUUCGGCAUGGUGCAGGCCCACCGGCGCUGCCCGUUCUGCCGCGCCCUCUUCAAGGCCCAGACGGCGCUUGACACGCACAUCCGCUCACGCCACUGGCACGAGGCGCGCCAGUCGGGUUACAACGUCUUCCCGUCGCCCGGCGCGCCGAGCCCCGGGCACACCACAGGCCAAGGACGGCGGCGGUGGCGGCGGCGGCGGCGGCGGCUUCGAGCACUUCGCUCAGCAUGGUGUUCUCCCAGCCGCCGUUCGGCAAUGAGCGCCGGCUGCGACAACCGGUCGGCGCUGCUGUCGCAGAUGAAGAUGAUGGGUGACAACUCCCCCACCGGGCUCAGCCACCUCGCCCAUCAACGUCGAGAGCAGCUUCUGCGACAAGGCCAUCGUUCGUCCCCAAGGCCGAAGGGUCGAUGGCGGGCGGCGCGGCGGACGGCGACGCUUCGGCCUACGACGACGACGAUGGCCGCGGCGGCGGCGGCGGCGGCUCGUUGGAAGACGGCCGCCCGUCCGGCGCGAGCGCGGCGCGCGGCGAGAACGGCGACGGCCUCUCGGCCGAGGCGACGACCUCCGACUACGUCCGGCCGAAGACGGAGGACGAGGCGGCGUUUCAGCCGACGACGCCGGCGCUCGGCAGCGAGAGCGGACGGCGGCGACGGCGUCUCGUCGUCGGGGCCGGUGAGCCCCGGCCUGAGCCUCUCGACGACGCUGGACUUCGAGAUGAACGACUACAGCGAGACGUCGAGCCUGGCCGACCCGCGCACCCCGAGCCCGCUGGGCGGCCUCGCCUUCUCGCAGUCCAAGCUGUCGUCGUCGUCCGACGACCGCCCGGGCCACAAGCGCUACCGCACCCAGAUGUCCAACCUGCAGCUGAAGGUGCUCAAGGCCUGCUUCGGGGAGUACCGCACGCCCACCAUGCACGAGUGCGAGAUCCUAGGCAACGACAUCGGGCUGCCCAAGCGCGUCGUGCAGGUGUGGUUCCAGAACGCGCGCGCCAAGGACAAGAAGUUCAAGCUGAGCGUCGCCAAGCAGUUCGGCGCGGAUGCCGCCGGCCGCGGCGGCCGGCGGGAGGGCGCGGCGCCACGGGGGGGUCGCUGCGGCCUGUGCGGCGUUCAGUACACGGCGCGACUCUCUGUGCGCGACCACGUCUUCUCGCUGCAGCACAUCGGCAAGCUCAAGGAGAGCCUCGGCAGCCAGCUGGACGGCGAGAAGUUCCUCGACCCGGCGCUCUUCCGCCAGUUCAUGGCGCAGCAGGAGCUCGACCGCAUCAAGAAGGCCAAUGAGAGCAUCGGCCUCGGACUUCCCCCAGCAGCAGCAGCAGCAGCAGCCAAUUCAAGUCACGAAGCACCCUGCCACGUUCCAAACGGGCCCCAAGUGCCGGGCCUGGGCCUCUCGUCGGCCUACUCGGCCGUUCCCGGGCUCUCGCCGAUGCUCAUCCCGGGCGUUGGGGGCUCCCCGGCGCUGCCCAACUUUGGGCCGUCUCCAGCAGCGAUGACGACGCCCCAAAGCGGCGCUCAUCGGCUUCCCGAUGUCGGCGAUCCCCCGCCGGGUGUCACCGCGCCCGCCGCGGGUCCCCAGCAAAUCACCGCAGCAGCAGCAGCAGCAGCAGAACGCCGGCACGGCUGUCGCAGUCGCCGGGCAAGGAGAGGAGCCAAGAUGCCGCCGGCAGCGACGACCAGGACGCCGACGAGCGGCAGAAAUCCGACGCCGCGACGAAGCGCGAGGAGGCGGGACGCGGCCGCUCAGCAGGCGCGGGCCGACCAUGCCCAGCCUGCAGGCCCUGCAGGCCGCGCUGGCCGGCGAGUCGAACGCGACGGCGGCGGCCGCCCUCCUCGCCGGGCAGCUGCUGCCCUGCUUCGGCUGCCCACGCUGCCGCCGUACUUCAACGGGCCGCAGCUGCCCACGGCGGCGGCGGCCGCGGCCGUGCUGCAGGGCGGCUACCUCCAGUCGCUGUACGGGGUGGACGCCUCGGGCCUCUUCCCCUACGGCCCGGCCUUCGCGCAGGCCGCCCUCGCCAACGGGCUGGCGGCCGGCUCGCUGCUGCAGCAGCAGGUGCAGCAGUAUCAGCAGAACGUGCAAGAGGUGCUGCAGCAGCAGCAGCAGCAGCAGCAGCAGAUGACGCAGGCGGCGCAGCCGUCGAACGGCUCCGUGCAGGGUCAGCACGACAGGGGCGGCCGGAGUGCGAAGGAGGCGGGCGACGGGGCCGACGAGGGGGCCGGGCCGCCGGGCAAAGGCAAGGGGGCGGCCGCGGACGCCCCGACCAAGCAGGGCCUGGCGGAGCACUGCGAGAUGAAGUGCAGCCUCGUGUGCCGCAAGUGCCAGAUGGUGUUCUCCGACGAGACGCUGGCGCUCGCCCACCAGAAGUCGCUCUGCUACUUCGGCCUGGGCAAGGUGGACGCGCGGGAGACCCUGGUGCGCGUGCCGUCCGGCCAGUACCAGUGCAAGGCCUGCGACGUGACCCUGCUCGGGGAAGACGGCCUGCGACGCCACCUCCAGUCGUCCUCGCACCGGCAGCAGGUCGCGGCCAAACGAGCUACGUCCGACGCCAAAGAGCAGCAGCAGCAGCAGCAGCAGCACGCUAGACUAUUAUUACCUCACUCCUUUCGCGCCACUGAUGCCGCAUCUACCUCGCAGCAGCAGCAGCAGCAGCAGCAGCAGCAGCCCGUGCCGGAUGAUGGCGGCGGCUUCUCGGCAGCCGGCUCCUCGUGCGCCGCUCCCGUCGCCUGCGCCAAAUCGUGGCCGCCGUUCGCCACGCCCGUGACGCCGCCGUCCCUCCCGCAGACGCGCUUCUUGCCCGCCCUCGUCACGGCCUCCCUGGCGAACUCGGCCGCCGUGGCGGCGUCGGCCGGGAUGGACGCGCAGGUGCCGGCGGCGGCGGCGGCGGCGUCGCCCCAGCCGCCGGUUUCGCUGAGCGGGCGCUCGGGCGACGCGGACCAGGGCGGCAAGGCGACGUCGCUGGCGAGCGAGCGCGCCAUCGCGGCGUACGGCAUGAUCUCCGAGCGCGAGUCGCAGAGCGUGGGCUCGUAGAGGAGCCCACGGUUUCGCGGGCGCAGCGCGACGCUCGGGUUUUAUAGAUAGCUUUAAACAGAACUUUGAAAAAAAUAACAAAAACCAACACAAAAACGGAGACACGAUCAUUUACUGUGCAUGUAUUAACCCGUUGGUACAUUCCUUUUAAUUUUUUUAAGAACUAUUUUUAUUUUUCCUUCCCGAGGGUGUGUCGGCCUUGCGUACAGUUGUGUCGGGAGCCGUUGCGGCGUGAAGGCGACUCGUGGGUUUUGCUAAGGAGGAGGAGGAGAAGGAGGAGGUCGCCUUUUAAAUGUACCGGCGCCGACGUGGAGAAGAGCGUGGGAUGAUGGCAGGAGAGGACGCGUCCGGGCGGGGUUCGAGGGGCCUGGGUUUUGCUCGUCGCAAGCGGAAGAAACCCCCCCAACGUCGCGGCGUUUGACUAAAAGGGCUUCCUCCGCCCAGCACCCCGGAGAAACACCAACACGUUGCAUCGAGAGAGACAGAAAGCAGGGGAAGAGACACUCAAUUCGGGCCAAGCUUUAAUAACAAUGACGACAAACAAACAACAACAACAACAACCGAACGACGCCGUUGACGACGACGGCGAGUCGAAGCGUUGAGCCGUCGGUGCCGCGACGGUUCUCCCACAGUUUUUGCCGGCAACUUUAAGGGCAGCCUCCUGCUGGGGGGGGGAGGGGGGGCAGCAAACGGCGGCAGCCCCCACCCCCCCAC